AGUGUUGUUUUCGGCUACGAAACCUGAUGCUAACGCGACAUACCGUAUGAAUUUAACCAGUUGGGAGGAGACCCGUUGAACUGCAUCAGUCAGAGAAGCUUGGUGUGGGAGGAUGGAUGGCGUCAGCUGGAGCGCCACAAGGGCCCAGGAGUCGUUCAGCCGCUCCAAGACGGCAGCAGACACACUGUCGAGGCUCGCCAGCUUCAUGGCACGGGCUGACCCAAAACAGCACACACACAACCAGAGGCAGCAACCGUCGCACCUGGCCACAUAUGUUUGUCAAGAAUGUGGUAAGGGCUUUCCUUAUGCAACAGAUCUGUCGCAUCACCAGGAACUAAAACACACAUUACCCAAGCCUCACCGGUGUCCGUUCUGUGGGCAGGAGUUCUCCCUGAAGUCGUCCUUACAACUACAUGAGUGCAAUCAUGACUCUUCCCCGUGUGAGCUUUGUCCUGGAGAGUCCCAGCUGGGUUCUCCGUGCCCCUCGUGCACAACCUCAGAUCCCUGCAGGCUGCAGGACGAGUCGCCUCACCUCCUGGACGGUAGCCCUUACGCGUGUGCCCCAUGUGGGAGAGGCUUCAGCCAGAAGCAGGCUCUGCUGCACCACCAGCAAGCUGGUUGUAGUGAACCACCAUCCCCGUCAGAUAUAGUUGAUGCCAGUAGCCUUCCAGGUGAUUCUCCACCAGUUUCUGAGGGAGACUCGACCCGCUCAGAUUCCUCAGACACCCCAGGGCCCAGCAGCAGAGCUGUCAGUGUGUGCCAAUUCUGUUCAACAAUGUUCCGCACAGAGGCCGGGCUGCAACACCACAAACAGACUAACCAUGCAGAACAGGGGCUAAAGACCAAAAGAGAAAAUACUAGUGGAGAAGCUAGGAAAGAGCGGAAUAUCAAGGUGAACAGAGAUCUAAUUCAAAUGCCAAAAUCCAAAACUAAGCUUCUGGACUGUCGCUCUUGCGACAUGGUUUUCAGAAGCACCUCUAAGCUGUACAUGCACAGAAAAGAGAAGCACAGCAGAGAGAAAAACAUUAUGACAGAACCAUGGCCAGUCAUAAUCAAGCGCAGGAGAUCAUUCACAUAUCCAUGUCAGAUCUGCAGCAAAGUCUUCUUGCAUCAUUUGUCACUUAGGGCACAUUACAGACAGCACACAGCCUCAAGCGUCACCAAAAACAAAAGUCAGCCUGUAGGAUGUACCACCAAAGACUCAGAGUUAUCAGAGAAUGGAUUAAAUCAAGUAAAACCUAGCAUAGCCGAAGACAAGCCUGUGAAGGCUGGUCCAGGGAGGCCCAGGAAAGUGGCCAAAGUAGAGAACAAAGUUACUGAUCCAGGGAGAUGCAGAGAAGUGCCGGAGGAGGAGGAGGAGGAGGAGGAUGAUGAUGAUGAUGAUGAACUAGAGAGAGAGUUCCCAUGCCCCUCCUGUGCAGAGGUGUUCUCUCUGCAGUCGCGGCUCCGGGAGCACGUGGAGCUCCACCAGUCCUCCGUGAAGAGGCGACAGUGCAGCGUGUGCACAAGCGAGAUGGACACCUGUAAAUGGCCGGGCUCGAAGAGGCAGAGGCUGUACCACUGCGUGCCUUGCCAGCAGGGUUUCUCAGCACUGGACUCUUUCCUAGAACACUGUCAGGAGCACCUGCGAGUCAGGGUGGAGGAGGACAGCGUCACAGAGGGCUACGCACAUCAGGCCAGCAAAGCCUGAGAUCCAGUUUGAAUGUCCACAGCGAUUGCCUUUUUGCCUUGAGGGGUUAGAGAGUGGAGAGUGAUGAAAUUUCUAUGAUAUUCUUGUUGAUUUAGCAGUUCACUGAUUGAGCAUUCAGGACAUUUUGUUUUUAUACCUGCGCUGUCGGUUUAAUGUUCUCCAUACCAACAUAUCGAGGGUUGAAUAGAAUGACUUGUUAAAGGACUAUACCAGGCUUUUUGCAUGUUUUAUUUAGGCAUUUCACUAUAACACUCAUACUUCACUGCCAACCAUAUUCUAAAACAUACUAUAGUUCUUUUUAGAUAUUCAAAUGUUUUCUGCAUUCUAGGCAGCCACCUGGUUCUUGUGCAGUACAGUAUGUAAAUCAGCUUCUGUGAGAUCCAUUACAGUGACCAUUUAGGCAGUGGUUGAGAAAUCAAACAAAGCAAGAAGCAAAAGUGGGCAUUUCAAACAGGACCAUGUGUAAGAAUCCCACAAGCACUCGUAAUGAACACUUUUCUAAUUCAAGAUCCGUUUCAGCUUUAUUACAGCAUAGAUAUACAACACAUCUUUGACUCAACAUAAACCAACAGGUUCCCUGUGAUGGAUGAAAUAUUCUGGUGUGUCUGCAAAUGGAAUACAUUGAAACCUUCAGCAGCCUUACAAGUAAAAACAAACAUGCAAAAACACUAGUAUAGUUCUUCAACAGAAAUGGAACAUCGACUCUACACCACUGUUUUGUACACAGCAGGACCUAGUUUCUCAAACAUCUCAAAGCGAGGAUGGUCUUUUUGGGAAAUGAGGCCGUCUGCACAGUCAUGGUACGUUCUAGCCAGAGAUGACGUCUGUCAGUCUAUUUUUACACCAGAUAUCUGGAGUGCUUUUGCUAAGUAAGGUAACAUGUCUUCUGCUCUAUUUUUGUUAUUUUUCUUACAUAUUUGGCAAUAAUUAGUCACAGAUCGGUGGGAAAUGUGGUGUGUCACUUGCUGGAUUGUCAUUGCUGCGUGUUGUCAGGGUACUAGAUGAAAAUGUAGUGCUUUGGUCAAGACUGCAAAGUGUUAGCAAGUGCUGCGCCAAGGUCUGAAUGAAAUCACAAAGUAUGACAUGUUAACGUGCUCUGAGCAUUUCUAUGUGCUGUUUCGAGGCCCCAACAUGUGGUAGUUAUUGUCAUAGAAAGAUCAACCUUGGAAUGGAUGUCAUGGGUAGUUGUAUCCAGUACAAUGCCUUUCAUUGAGGCCUGUCUCUUUAGCUGGCAUGUACUGGAGUGAGAUUACCCAGCUAUGCAAGCAGACAGCCUGAUGGCAGCCCUUCAGUAUGUCUGAUGCUUGAAAAGUAGGCUUUGAUGAAUGAACAAGAUUCCAAGGGAGGAUUUCUGUUUCCCAGUUUGACGCCCUAAAUGGUCUAAUUUAGGUGGUUGUUUUUCUUAAGGAUUUUCAGUUUUCAAAGUUCUACUGUGAAAAUGUAAACGAUGAUUUAAUAGGUUUGAUGCUUCCACUUUUCUUUUUUUGAGGUCUUUUGUGAAUUAGUUUAUGGUUCUUUAUAGAUGAACAUAAUAAAAACAAUUUUCAUAAGAUUUUUUGUCUUGAUUCUUUAAACUAGUUUUGUGAAAACAUUCAUCUUUUCAUAUACCACACCACAUUAAAAAUGUUUUAUAUAAAGGUAUUUGAAUCAUACUUAAUGUUACACUGUUUUUGGCAGAGAGAAGCACACAUGAAAUGUAAUGAAACAUAAAAUGUAGGCUUAACUUCAUGUUGCAAACAUAUUUUUGUAUUCAAUUGUUAGAUUUGUUUGUCCCUGCCUGCCUAGAAUAUCUACAGUAUUCCAUCUUCAGUUUUCUAGAAAAUGUUUGGUCGAUUAAUAAUGAAAAUCAGCUGUG